AUGAGCAACAAAAAGAAAACUUCCAAAUCAGAUAAGAAACCUUCGAUUCCUCCCCGUCAAAACGAGCCGCAAAAGCAAAUUCUGAUUUGUCACAGAGGAGACCUUCGUACUCUCCGAGUUCCACGUGAGGAAGUACCUGCAAAACAAUUAAGUCUUUCGGCUUCUGAGUACGACCGAAUCCUCGCUAGAACCAAGGAGAAGACUUUACAGGCGGAGGAAAAGGUUUCCCAAAAGAAAAUCUAUGACAUUAAAGCUGCAGAAGAAAGGAAACGGCAGAUGAUUGAGAAGGACCGUCGCUCUGCUCUGGAGGCAGAAAGUGACUUACAAUCUCAGAAGCAGCGCUUUGAACGUUAUCAGCACAUGCGGUGUAAAGCCCAAAUGGAGAAGGACAGUGAGAUUCAAAAACUGGACACCCGUAUUCAGCGUUGUAAGAUCCAGUCUGAUCUGGACACCCAAUUUGAGUGGAAAAAACACUGCGAGGCAGUCGAGCUUGCCAAAGAGAAGGCCGAGUUUGAGCGGAUGCUCAAGUAUCAUCAGGACUCCCUCAACAAGGUGGAGGAGAGGGAGAAGAAGCGGAAGGAGAAGCAGCUCCUCCAUUUAGAGGUACUAAAAGAACAGAUAAGGGAAAAAGAGGUCGCUGCCACCACCGUACGUCGGGAGAGGAUAAACAUGGCCAAACACGAGACCGACGAUGUUAAGCUCAAAAAUAAAUGCAUCGAUGAGCUCAAGCAGGAGAGGCUGAGCGAUCUCAAAGCUUCUGGGAUGCCGGACAAAUAUUACAAGUAUGUUGAGAAGAAGUCGGCAGAAGCUGGAGCAAAAUCCAAACAAUUCCAGUACCAUGCACAAUGA